AUGAAUCUCCACGCCGAAAUUCAAUCCCUCACCUGCGAGACUUGCGGCAAGGUGUUCACCAAAGCCAAAGCUAUGAAGAUGCACGCGAGGCUGCAUACGGGAGAAAAGUUGCUGACUUGCGAGUUCUGCCAGAAGCAGUUCGUCUUCAGCAGGGCCCUUGCGGACCACAGGAGGGUGCAUACGGGCGAGAAACCCUUCACCUGCAACCACUGCAGCAAGUCGUUUGCCAUCUCUACGCAGCUCACGAGGCACAUGAGGAUGCACACGGGAGAGAAGCCGUAUUCCUGCGAGCACUGCGAGAAGAAGUUCGGCCAUCUGAGCGGCUUGAAGGAGCACACGAGGUACCACACCGGAGAGCGGCCGUAUACCUGCCCGUGCUGCAGCAAGACUUUCGUUCUGCAUUCGAAGUUCAAGCGGCAUUUGAGGCUUCAUACCGGGGAGAAACCCCACUCUUGCCAGUUCUGCAAAAAGCAGUUUGCGGACAGUUCCAAUAUGAAGAAACACUUGAGGGUCCACGCCAGAGAGCAAUCCGAGGCCACCGGUGAAGCAACGAGGGAUAAAAGCUAG